CAGCACCUACAGUUGCUUCCUCCGCUAUUCUUACGAUUUACUCAAUUUCAGAUGCACUCCUCUGUUCCCUCUUCUCCAAAGAUCUCGUUUCUUCCCCACAUUUGAAGAUCUCUUCAGCCUCCAUUCCUUCCAUGCCAUUCCUCCCAAAUCCCUCCUUCUUUGCCUUCCUUCCUCUCUCCAUUUCCUUCCGAACACGACCUCUUUAAGAAGCCCUCUCGAUGUCGUCUUCCUCCUCGAAACCCUCUUCCAAGCCCUCAAAACCCAUAUCCCAGUCGCAGUCUUCGCCUCAACCCAAACUCUCCUCCCUCUCCGGCCACAUCGCUUUGGUUGAGCUUAAAUCGCGUGUACUCUCCUCAGUUUCCAAGCUCUCCGACCGGGCGGCUGUCAGCGGCCGCAAUGUCGCCCGCCGCGAGUCCGUGCGACUCCUAUCUCUCCUCUGUUCCGCUCACCCCGACGUCGGUGCCACUCAUCUCCCCAAGGUCAUUGCUUACAUUAUACGUCGUCUCAAGGACCCCUUGUCAGACUCAUCUGUACGUGAUGCGUGCCGCGACGCCGCCGGCUCGCUCGCAGCGCUUUAUCUUCGUUCACAUGCCAAUGAAGCUUAUAACGCGCCCGCGGCGGCGGCGGCGUCGACGUCGUUGGUUGGGUUGUUCUUGAAGCCGCUGUUGGAAGUGAUGGGGGAGCAGAGCAAGGCGGUGCAGAUUGGGGCAGCGUCGUCUCUUGCAAAGGUGGUAGAAUGUGGGGGAGGCGGCGGCGGAGCGGUGGCGUUUCAACGGUUGUGUCCGAGGAUCUGCAAGAUGCUUGGUGGGCAAAGCUUUUUAGCAAAAGGGGCAUUACUCUCAGUUAUUUCGAGCUUAGCUCAGAUAAGAGCAAUCGGUACUCAGAGUAUGCCAACAGUGCUGCAAAGCAUUCGUGAAUGUCUUGAGAAUAGUGAUUGGGUCACUCGCAAGGCCGCUGCAGAUGCUUUGGUUGUGCUUGCUUCUUAUUCAGGGGAUUUGAUUGCUGAUGGGAGUUCUCAAAUAAUUGAGUCUCUUGAGGCUUGCCGUUUUGACAAGGUAAAACCUGUGAGAGAUAGCAUGAUGGAGGCAUUGCAAUUUUGGAAAAAGAUUUCAGGAAAUAGUGAGAAUAAAGCACCAGAGGAUUCAAUGGAUAGAAAAGCUACCAAAUCCGGGAAUGGUGAAGAGUCGGAUGCUAAACAGUCAAAUCUCAACUGUAAAAGACCAGAAUCUGUGAAAGAUUCAUCUCUUGAUUCUUCGCCUUCUGCCAGCAAAUCUUUGUCCAAAGGAAAGGGCAGCAAUAUUCAAGAGAAUGCUGCAGUUAUUCUUAAAAAAAAGGUUCCCUCCCUGAAAGACAAAGAGUUGAAUCCAGAAUUCUUCCAAAACCUUGAAACAAGAAGUUCAAAUGAUGUACAAGUUGAAGUUGUUCUACCCCGUAGAGGCCUCGAGUCAUCCCGCUCACUAGAUGAAGAAGAACAGGGAUUGCCGGAUAGUGAUUCUAGGAUUUCAUUGAAACAUGAUGAAGUUCCUGGCUGCGAAUUGAAUGAAAAUCAUGGGCAUAUUGGCAUUAACUUUCAUAAAACUGAGAGAAGAAUAGUAACAAAUAACAAUCAACAAGUUUUGGAUUACCCUAUUAGAGAUAAUUGGACUGAAAAAGGAUUCAGUUCAAGGGACUCGAAUAUGAGGGAUUUUGAUGCUGAUGAGAGGUUUGAACUUAACCAGAAGGACUCUUUUUCACACCGUACAAGUAUCUCUCGAACUGAUGGUUUAAUCGAAAGUUCUGGCAUGAACAACAAAGGAAAUUGGUUGGCCAUUCAGAGGCAGUUAUUGCAGUUGGAAAGGCAACAAGGCCAUCUUAUGGACAUGCUACAGGACUUCAUGGGGGGCUCCCAUGAUACCUUAGUAACUCUGGAGAACAGAGUGCGUGGACUAGAGAGAGUUGUUGAAGAAAUGGCACAGGAUUUAUCAAUAUCAUCUGGGAGGAGAGGGGGAAAUUUGAUGAUGGGGUUUGAAGGAUCUCCUGGAAGAUCCUCAAACAAGUACAGUGGUCUUCAAGAUUAUGGUGUUUCCAAGUUUGGCAGGGGAAAUGAAAGUAGAGUUCCAUUUAUGGAAAGAUAUCUCUCAUCAGACGGCAUGCUUCCAGGAGCAAGGGGAAGAGAUGCUUUUUGGAGACCAGAUUCCGAAGGACGGGAUCCUUAUGUAUAUACUGGUCCAAGGAAUGGGUCUACAAGUGGAAAGAGAGGAUUAGUUACCUCGUUGGCUGACGGUAAAUAUCCGAAACAUGAACCUGAUGUUGAGCAAGUUGGCAACAGGAGAGCUUGGGGCAGGGGUCAAGGACCAUUUAGGCUUGGUGAAGGUCCUUCCGCAAGAAGUGUUUGGCAAGCGUCCAAGGAUGAAGCCACCUUGGAAGCUAUCCGAGGUGCUGGGGAUGAUAAUGGAAGCUCUCGAAGUGCGGCACGAGGGCCAAUCACUGAACUGGAUGCAGAAAUUACUGGGCAGGAUAGGGACCAGUCCUGGAACUCUUGGACCCGUGCUUUGGAUUCACUUCAUGUUGGUGAUUUGGACUCAGCAUAUGCUGAAGUGCUGUCUUCAGGUGAUGACUUAUUGCUUGUGAAGUUGAUGGAAAGAUCUGGGCCUGCAUUCAGUGAUCUCUCUGGUGAAGUAGCAAGUGAGUUAUUGCAUGCAGUUGGGCAAUUUGUACUUGAACAAAGCUUGUCUGAUUUGGCUCUUGCUUGGAUUCAGCAGUUAAUGGAUCUGGUCAUGGAAAAUGGCGAAGAUUUCCUCGGAAUUCCAAUGGAAGUUAAGAGAGAGAUGCUACUUAAUCUUUAUGAAGCAUCUGCCAUGGAGCUGCCUGAGGAUUGUGAGGGUCCUUCUGCAGAGCAGAUAAUGGUGCAACUUGCUUCAGCUUGGGGAAUCAACAUUCAGCAGCUUAUAAACAUCUACAAUGGAGCAACUUGAGAACAGAAGUGGUUCCUCAUCUUGGUGGAAUCAAUGUCCAGCAAUUAUAUAGUAAGGUUUUCUUCAGAAGAUGCGUUUUCUUCUUUUUUUUUAUUUUUUUAUUUUUUAUUUUAUCUGUAAUGAAUCUUUUUGGUAUAUUUUCAUAGAAUUCUGCCUGAAUUUAGGGACAUUACUAUUACUAUGAGGUUACUUAUUUUCUUCAUUGCUAGAU